AUUCCUUCCACUCUUGCACCACCUACUGACCCACCUGUGCCCAUCUGGAUUAUUAUAUUUGGUGUGAUAUUUUGCGUUGUCAUAGUUGCAACCAUGCUAUUGAUUUUAUCAGGAAUCCAGCAACAUAGAAGAUUCCCAUUGCUGAAGUUCAUUUGCCUGGAUUCUGGGGCACGCGCAAACUUUGCUGUCUAAAUUAUUGACAUUACUUCAAGAGAGAAUUUCCGACCAGUGGGAGAAUUACUAAGGUAGAGAAGAGGCAAGAUUUCUCAGUACAGUGAAAGGAGAAAAUACUUUUGUUUGCAAGUACCUCUGAUCCAGAGAUGAAGUGGAGAGAGUCUUCAACUCUUUAGUAGACAUUUUGAUGCUUCUAAACCUUCCUUUCUGAUACCAAGGAAGAGGAAUUCUGGUAAGUGGGAAUCACAAGAACAUGAAUUGGUUUUCUGAAAGAUUGGUGCCCACACAGAAUGUGCGGGUUAUGUUUGGCCAAGUAUGUAUUCACCUACGUGUUUCUCCUGAGCUUUUCUAGUUUCCAUAUGUUUCACCCUGAUUGCUAGCAGAAGGUAAUCAUUUUAAAUUUGGGGCUUUGCAAUUUUUUUCACAAAUAGUAAGUGAAGUGCUAUGGAAUAAAUAUGAUUUAUGUCUAGUUCCUGAAUUAAACUCAAAAGAUUAAGAUCAAGUUGUACUUGCUUAAUUUUCUUUUUUUUUAUUUUUUAAGCUUUUUUGGAGGAGGGGGGUAAUUAGGUUUGUUUGUUUAUUUAUUUAAAAUUUUUUAAUGGAUGUACCCAGGAUUGAACCCAGGACUUUGCACAAGCUAAGCAUGCUUUCUACCAUUGAGUUAUACCCUCCCCCUUCUUGCUUGAUUUUGUUGAUCUUGGCAUGACAAAUAAUACUAAGAGAUUUGAUACAAAUUGUUCAUUUGUAUCCAUUAAGAAAUAGUCUCUUGCAGUAUUUGAAUACCUUUAUUUAAUAUCUUUAAGUAUCCUGAAAUGCUAUGAUUCUGUGGUUUCUAACAGUUGUAACCUUUGUGAAUUCACCUCAUCUCCUUGGUUGCCAGUUUCCUCACUAGUGGGAUAUAGUGUAGGAGUUAGAAGAAUGGACUCUGGAGAUAGACUGCUUAAAUUCAAAGUAUUUAUUGCCUAGACUCUGCUCCUGUGCAUAAUCCAUUAACUGUGGAUAUCAGGAAGCACAGGCAAUGAGUCAAGGAAACCAAGCUCAACAGAAUAUGGUUUGUGGUGCUCGAGUUAAGUUGGUUAAAUUUUUCUUUACUGUCUGUGCAUAAAUAACUUUGCUAGAGUGACAAUGGGGUACAUUAGAAAUAAUUCAUUUGGUGGAAUCAAAAGAGUUAAUGCGGUAGCGUGCUUACGGUAGUGCCUGGCGCACAGUGAGCGCUCAAUAAGUGUUAGCUGUUACUAGUAUUUUAUUAUCCUGCCAGUUGUUGGUCUUUCAGCUAGUUUGCACUGGGAUCAGCUAUCUCUUUCCUUCUGAGCAGAUUCUGCAGUAAUAUAAUAAUUGGGUGUGUAGCAUCAUAAUCUGUUGCCUGGGAGAAGUGAGGCUGUUGUCACAACCUUGCCUUCACAAAUUUAUUUCGUGUUCAAACUAGGAAAGCAGAUGGACAGAUCUCCUGUGUAAACCUGGAGAGCAUCAAUAAUUAGGAAAUACAGUCAGGACAGUUAUGACAACCCUCUGAAGAUAAAUUGAUUUGUUGUGUUUUACGUCUGAUACAAUCUGUGGUGGGUUUCUCUUGGGUAAAGUAUUGCUCCAAAGGUGAGGAGAGGGUGCAGUUUGGAGUGGGAGAGCCCUGAUAAUUGUGAUGAAAGCCUUUUCUAAUUGUAGGAAAGAUGGGAGUUACCCCUCAAAGCCUUUAGUAUUGAGGAAGACAAAGAUUUGCUCAAGAAUUCAAUCCAUACGUUAGAUAAUAAAUGGACAUAAUUUCUGUGACAAAAUCUUAAACCUAGAAGACGAGGAGGGAAUACAGUGUCAUCUAAAUCACCAUUCUGCUUCUACGAAGAAGAGUGCCAGUGUCAUUUAAGAUAUAUGCAUAUUUAAACUUACUAUUGAGGACAUUUCUCAAGUAAAGCUUUAACAAUUCUGUGAGGUGUGUCAAUACAGCAUUGCAUUGAUUAUUCAGAACCACUGGGUGGAAAGUGUGCAGUCAUUGGGGCCCAAACUAGUUGAACUCAAAUACUAACUAUACCCUUUAGCUGAAUGAUUUUGGUUGAGUCAUCUAAUUUCCAUGGGUCUGUUUCUCCACCUGUAAUAAGGAGAUAAUGCCUCAUGGAGCUUCCAUGGGGAUUGGGUGAGGUAAAUGUGUAUAAAGUACCCAGGAUAUAAUAUGCACUAAAUAAACAGUAACUGUUAUCAUUCAAGAUGAACUUAACCUAUUUCUGUGAUUAAGGGAUACUAGAAAAGGAUCUCUUUUCCAUCCAGAUGUUGCCACCAGACUGUAGAAAAUUUUCCAGUUCAAUGGCUCAUUUCUUGGGAUUUUAUUAGUUAACGAACACCUAUCUUAAAAGGCAAAUGAUCUUCUUAGGUCUGCUGGUUACUAUAAUAGCGGUAAGCUAGUUAACCAGCUCUCUAAAAAAAAUACCUGAUUUGUAGCAUUUGCUGACUUCUUAUGAAGUCUGGAAUUUCUGAAUAUUUAACAGUCACCUCUUGUAAGCCUGUACUAGCCAGUUUCAGGACUCUAUUACAACUGCCACCUUUUCGUGAGAUAAUUUGAGGAGAUUGCCUCUCUGUUACCGUCUACUGAGAAUAGGAGUUUGUGGAAAUGAGAGAUUUGUUGAAGGAAAAAAGUUGGGAAGGUUUUUUUUUUUUUAACCUUUGGGCAACAAUUAGGGAGUUGAAUAGGUGGGAAGGCAACGAAGAUGAGCUGCAUAUACUUCACAAUGAUGUUUGUACUAAAUCUGUGUCUAGCUCUAGCCUGGAAGUAGAUAUUUCAGUUCUCUGGUCAGCUUUAUGAUGCUGGUGAUGAUGAUAAUGAUGGUGGUGAUAAUGGCAAUGGUGAUGGUAGAUGAUGAUGGUGACAAUGAUGAUUGUGAUGGUGAGGGUGAUGUGAUAAUGGUAAUGAUCAUGAAGUUGCUGAUGUGAGGUGUAUUUUAGUUGAAAGAGCACUGGAUCAGUACUCUCAGUUUUGGGUUCCAGUCUCAGGCCCUGGCAUUUAUUAGCUGAAUGGCCUUGAUCUGGUGACAUAUGGAUAAUGAGGAUAAUAUUUUCUUAAAUAGUUAGGAUGAUGGGAAGGCAAGAUUAGAGAAUACACACAAGUGCUUUAUGCACUGGAAGGUGCUCUAUCAAUGUAAAGUACUAUAGCACCACCAUCAAAAAGCAGUUACAAAGUGCUAAUUCUAUAUAACCUGGCACUUUGUGCUAUAAAAGAAGAGUCACAGCACAAUUUCAGACUUUCAUGUAUAUGGUAGGAUUAAUUCAUGAAUCCCAUAUAUAAGCAGAUUGUUAUAAUGUUAGGGUCCUUAACAAUGAUAUAAAUCCAUCUCUCCAGAAGCCAAGGCCCAGAGAGAUAAAAAUAUCUUAUUCCUUUAUUGACUAUCCGUUCUGUGAUAGGAGAUAUAGAACUAUAUAGAACCAUCUCUUCCAUACUGUGGAAGAGACGUACAUAGAUAACAUGGAUGGUCCUUGUCUACAGGGAGAUUAUAAUCUUAUAGUUGGUAACAAAGCAAGGUCAAGGACUCAGGACCCAGAGCCCUAGCUAAUCCUCACAGUUGAACAGAGUCACUAGUAAAUUCACUUGGUUUAUUUCUGGUUAUAUUUCUAUUCCCAUAAAGUCAAUAGUAACAGAAGGGCAUUUGGAUUUCUAUACAUCUUUUCACACAAGGCACUGAGACUCAGCCAACAUUUUCAUAUACUGAAAUUUUACAUUCUUAUAAAGUCUUAAAUGAACAAAUAGUCUUGAAAAUAGAAUUGUAAAUAAAAUCAGAACUAUUAGAGCUAAUAAUUGUUUUACUUUGCUGUUCUUAAAUGUACACACUCAAUAAGCAAUCUAAUAUGUGUUUUGAGUGAAGCCUGGGGAGAUUAAAUAGAGUUCUAUCUGGGUCCGCUCCUUUCACCAGUCUUGUCCCAUUCUGAAAGACAAGUUGCUCCACAUAUUUGAAUCUCAGCUCCUUCAUUUGAAAAACAGGGAUAAUAAUAAAAUCUGUAUAGUGUUUGCAAUAGGAAUUAGAUGAGAUGAUGUGUACACUUAGUCUGGCUUCUGCCAUGUAAUAGGUACUGGUUUCUGUUGGUUUUGCUAUCACAGGGCUGAUAAAAAGUGAUCUGCCUACAAGCAGUCAUAUGGUUAGAAAGUAGGGGUCCCAGUAUUUAAGCCAGUUGGGCUUGAUGCCAAAGCCCACCAGUCUCACUGUGCUGCAGUGCCUACUGAAGUUAUCCCAGCAACACUGCUAUUUUCCUCGGGAAUCAUCCAUACUGAUUAUGAUGACAGUCCCAAUUCCCCAAUAAUUAAAAUCAUAUUUGUCCUUGGUUGCUUUUCUGGCUGUUCUUGGGCCUUGGCUUUUCAGCCCUAUCUUGUUUGAAAGGAGACAGAAAUACUCUUUCUGCUUUUAGCUGCUACUACUUUGUCUUUGGCAAACCCUGUUCCUCAACACCCCCUACCUAUGUGGGCCACCCAAUACAGGCAAAUCUCGUUUGAUUCUACUUUACUUUAUUGUGCUUCACAGAUAUUGCAUUUUUUUUACAAAUUGAAGGUUUCUUCCAACCCUGCAUCAGACCAGUCUAUUGGCACCAUUUUUCUAACAGCAUUUGCUCACUUUGUGUCUCUGUGUCACAUUUUGGUAAUUCUUGCAAUAUUUCAAACACUUUCAUUAUUAUUAUAUUUGUAAUGGUGAUCUGUGAUCAGUGAUGUUACUGUUGGUGAGCAAUGUUGUUGACCUUGCUAUUGGAAUUAUUUUGGGGCUCCACAGACCAUGCCCAUAUAAUGCUGAGUGUUGUGUAUUCUGACUGCUCCACUGUUCUCCAUCUUUCUCCUUCUCCUGAGGCCUCCCUAUUCCCUGAGACACAAUAAUAUUGAAAUCAGGCCAAUUAAUAACCCUGCAAUGACCUCCAAGUGUUCAAGUGAAAGGAAAUGUCAGAAGUCUCUCACUUUAAAUCAAAAGCUAGAGAUGACUAAGCUUAAUGAGGAAGGCGUGUUGAAAGCCAAGAUAGGCUGACAGCUAGGCCUCUUGCACCAGUUAGCCAAGUUUUGAAAGCAAGGGAAAAGUUCUUGAAGGAAAUAAAAAGUGCUACUCCAGUAAACACACAAAUGAUAAGAAAGCGAAACAGCUUUAUUGCUGAUGUGGAAAAAGUUUUAGUAGUCUGGAUGGAAGAUCAAACCAGCCACAACAUUCCCUUAAGCCGAAGCCUAAUCCAGAGCAAGGCCCUAACUUUCUCCAAUCCUAUGAAGGCUGAGAAAGGUGAGGAAGCUGCAAAAGAAAAGUUUGAAGCUACCAGAGUUUGGUUCAUGAGGUUUGAGGAAAGAAACCAUCUCCAUAAUUUGAAAGUGCAGCAUGAAGCAGCCAGUGCUGAUGUAGAAGCUGCAGGAAGUUAUCCAGGAGAUCUAGCUCAGAUCAUUCAUGAAGGUGGCUACACUAAACAGCAGAUUUUCAAGGUAGAUGAAACAGCCUUCUAUUGGAAGAAGAUGCAUCUAGGAAUUCCAUAGCUAGAGAGGAGAAGGCAGUGCCUGGCCUCAAAGCUUCAAAGGACAGGCUGACUCUCUUGUUAGGGGCCACUGUUGUAGCCAGUGCUCACUUACCAUUCCGAAAAUCCUAGGGCCCUUAAAAAUUAUGAUAAAUCUACUUUGUGUGUGCUCUAUAAAUGGAACAACAAAGCCUGGAUGACAGCACAUCUGUUUACAUGGCUCACUGGAUAUUUUAAGGCCAUUGUUGAGACCUCCUAUUCAGGAGAAAAGACUCCUUUCAAAAUAUUACUGCUCGUUGACAAUGCACCUGGUCACCUCAGCUCUGAUGGGGCUGGACAACAGGAUUGUUGUUGCUUUCAGGCCUGCUACCACAACAUCUGUUCUGCAGCUCAUGGAUCAAGGAGCAACUUCAAGUCUUAUUAUUUAAGAAAUACAUUUUGUAAGACUGUAGCUGCCCUGAAAAGUGAUUCCUCUGAUGGAUCCAGGCAAAGUAAAUUGAAAACCUUCUGGAAAGGAUUCAGCAUUCUAGAUGCCAUUAAGAUCAUUCACGAUUCAUGGGAAGAGGUCCAAAUAUCAACAUACAUAGGAGUUUCGAAGAAAUUAAUUCUAACCCUCAGGGAUGACUUUGAGGGGUUUAAGGUGUCAGUGGAGGAAGUAACUGGAGAUGUGGUAGAAAUUGCAAGAGAACUAGAAAUGGAGCCUAAAUAUAUGACUGAAUUGCUGCACUGUCAUGAUAAAACUUUAACAGAUGAUGAGUUGCUUCUUAUGAAUGAGCCAAAAAAGUGGUUUCUUGAGAUGGAGUCUCCUGCUGGUGAAGGUGCUGUAAAGAUAGUUGAAAUGACAACAAGGGAUUUAGAAUAUAACAUAAACUUAGUUAAUAAAGCAGCAGCAGAGUUUGAGAGGACUGACUCCAAUUUUGAAAGAAGUUCUCCUGGAGGUAAAAUGCUAUCAAACAGCAUUGCAUGCUACAGAGAAAUCAGUCAGAAAAGGGAGAGUCAACUGAAGCUGCAAGCUUCACUCUUGUUUUAUUUUAAGGAAUUGCCGCAGCCACCCCAGCCUUCAGCAGCCAUCAGCAUUGAGGCAAGACCCUCCACCAGCAAAAAGAUUACGACUUGCUGAAGACUCAGACAAUGGUUAACAUUUUUUAGCUCUAAAGUAUUUUGAAAUUAAGAUAUGUACAAUUUUUUAGACAUCAUGCUAUUCCACAUUUAAUAGACUACAAUACAGUAUAAAUGUAACUUUUAUAUGCACUGGGAAUCCAAAACAUUCAUCUGGCUGGCUUUAUUGUGGUCAUUUGGAACCAAACCUGCAUUAUCUCCAAGGUGUGCCUUUACUUUUUCUGUCCCCUCUUUUGCCCCUCUUCUCUCUGGACUUAGGAGAAAUACCCACUCUAAAGGCUCCUAAGAGCUAGUUUCAGGUGUUUGAGUCAUGGGUUUGUUUUUCUUUUUAAUCCUCUUCCUGAAUCACCUGACAUUGCAGGAACAGCGGAAGUCAUUAGCACUCAAUUUUAUUCUUCAGUAGAAAGAAUUCAUGUUUUUAGCAGAACAUUGAGUCAGAAUGAUCCCAAAAGAUAAUUAAGUUUUAUUAUUCUUACAGCAAUGCGCAGGCAGUGAAUCAGUUUAUUACAGGACACACUACGAAAUGUGACAAAGGGCUGUAUUACUGUUAGAUAACCUUUGAGCUUCUUAUCACGUCCACCAGCCCACAAAUUAGUGACACUGCAGUUUGUGAAGCCCAGCAAUGCCAAGACUCUGAACAACUGGAUCUAAGGUCACGAAAGAAUAAUAUGUACCUAAUUUGCCUUGAACACAGCUCAGAUUGAUAAAUUUCCACAGCGAUUUCACUCAGAAUCAUUUUGGUUGAGAAAUCCUUCUAAAGAAGAGAACCUUGUCUUCGUCCAUUUGCAGCUCCCUUUUUAGUUCUCCCCCAUUCCUUUGUGAUGCCCAGUGGAUUAUUUCUCCUUUGUGGUUGGGGAGGGGGAGGCAAGAUUUCUUGCCAUGAUCUGCCAAGCAUCCAGCUCUCAGCGAUUUUUCUUCUAACACCAUAAAAAUAUUUUUUAACUGAAGAAACUGGCAGAUGAACACUGGCAACCGUUAUUUCUAAGACUACCAUUGCAUUUCCACGUACCUCAGAAUGCUCCAUCUACUAAGAUUUUUAUAAUAUGAAUUUCAUACUUACAUACACAAAUUUCAGGGUAGAACUUGACUAUUUAAAAUCUGAUAAGAGUGGAUUGCCAAGAUGGCGGAGUAGAAGGAUGCAUAGCUCAUCCUCUCCCACAAAUACACCAAAAAUUACACCCACAGAUGAAACAAUUCACACAAAAUACCUACUGAACUUUGGCAGAAUAUCUCUUACUUCAGAAAUACAAGAGGCUUCCUCACAAAAACGGGUAAAUAACAAGUUUCUUCUGUAUGGCAUAGGGAACUGUAUUCAAUAUCUUGUAGUAACCUAUAAUGAAAAAGAAUAUGAAAAUGAAUAUAUGUAUGCACAUGUAUAACUGAAACAUUAUACUGUAUACCAGAAAUUGUCACAUUAUAAACUGACUAUAUUUCAAUAAAAAAUUGAAAGCUAUUUAUUACUCACUACAAACCUGAUGAGGAAUGAUUUUGGGAGAAAUUGCAUGAGCUAGGCAUUUUUGAUGAUAAUUUAUAAAUAUACAUUUGUCACUAGGGUGUUAUUCCUACUGAAAUAUCUUCUCUCUUUUAUAACCCAUAAAAAUGAGGGAGGGAGGAUGAGUGAAAUUUGGCAUUUUUCUUUUUUACUGAGCCCUUUCUUUUCACUUUAGAGCAAGAACUGUGUCUCUUCCAACACACAGUAGGCACUCAAAACAUAGUUACUGAAUGAAUGUUGGAUACUAUGAAUGGAAGUGAUGUGUUUGAUGGUUAUAGAAUGUCAAUUGCCUUUGCUUUCUGGAGGACAUGGAAAGUGAUGAUACCCCUGUCUACAGGAGGAGGGACCAAAAUAUUCUAGUCCUCUGGUAGGUGAUUUCACCUGGCUGGAGGACCCAUCAUGCCACCCCAACCAGCACUGAUUGCUGGUCACUUAUGCUUGGAAUGGACAGUGCAGUGUCUUCACCCUGAGGAAGGGAAAACACAGCAGCCUGUUCUUACCCAGGUCUCUGGGACUACAACCCCCAACUUCCACUGCUGGCAUUGGGCCUGUAGUGACACACUUUGACAUUUGACAGUGGCAUGUAUAAUGACAAAAUACUUUCAAGUGAUGACAGUGAGCUCUACAGUAUUGCAACGCUGCUUUACUUUUCUUUAUGAACUCCACCUAUUUGAAAGUAUCUAAUAAACCAUCAGUAAACCCUAGAAAAAUCUACUCUAACUCCUAAUUCCUAAGGUAUGAAAAUGAGUAUUUUCCUCCAUUCAUUUGAAAAAAAUAUCUAGAGAUACAAGAAAUAUCAUGUGUGUGUAUUUCCUCUUUUCCUUCCUUCCUUCCCUCUUUCUCUUGUGGUGGACCCCAUUCAAAAUCAACCUUGGACUCCUGUCUGAGUAACUUUGCCCAAAGCAUAAGUCCAUCCAUCCAUCCAUUUGUUUGUUCCAUCUCUUAACUACCAUCUAUUCAUCCAUCCAUCCACCCAUCCAUUUAUCGACCUAUUGAUUUAUCAUCCAGCCAAACAAUCAUUGAUCUACAUUCAUUGAUCCAGCCAUUUAUCUGUCUGUCUAACUAGCUAGCCAGCCACUCAUAUGUGUGUCCAUCCAACUCUAAGCCCAUUAGUUGAGUGGCUACUCUAUACUGAGUCCAGUUCCGCUGUUUUACAAAAUAUCUUUUAAUUUGGAUUUGUCUGAUUAGUUCCUCCUGAGAGAGUCAGAUCAAAAAGAGUUGGUGAUGGAGUGAGGCAGGGACACAGAACACAGAAUUUUAUUAAAAAAAAUCUAUCUAUCUACCCAUAUGUGUGUGUGUGUGUGUGUGUGUGUGUGUGUGUGUGUAUAUAUUUUUAUUCUUGGUACAUCACAUUUGGAGGCACUUGCCAAUUUGUCUCAUUGUUAGUGAUGUUCACCAAAUUUCUCCCUUUUCAAAAUACAAAUGUCUCUUUAUGAUAUGUACAUUGCUUAUAAGGGUGUUACAUUGAGACCCUGUGAAUAUCCUGUUCCCUAAUCAUCUCACUCAAGGGUUUAGUAUCCAUUGAUGAACCUCCUUAGAAUCAAUUAUUAUAUGGUGAUUUUCUUUUUCUGUUACAGCUUCUAUAUUAGUUGUCAUUCUUUUGUAAACAAGAGCUGUCUUUUCGCUCUCCCUUCUUCCACCAUAUUUUUUAAAGACUUUAAAAUGGACUCUCAUGUAGGACUAAUAGGAAACUACCUUAAUCAUCAAUGGAGCAUCUUCACCACCUCCUCACCCACUAGAGACUCACUAAGGUUCUAAGGGACUUUCAUAAUGGUGGGAGUCCAUCCUGGUCACCACAGCAAUGUCCACCAUCCCAGCCAUGUGAUCCAUUCAGGUCUGCCUCUUUGGGGUUUCCACAGAUUUCUGGGACAAGAGAAUCUUUGACAAGUCUGGGAGCCUCAUGCCUAACAUCAUGCCUCCAUGGUGCCCCAACAUCUAACUUGUGAUAAUCCUCAGGGAAAUUCUUCUUCCCCCUGGCUGCCUAGAGGUACCCACAUCUCUUUUCUCCCCCACCUCUAUGAUAUCAAGCAUAAUUGGCUCAGUGUCUUGGUCUUUCACAAAAGACAGGAACACUCUUUAAAUUCAAGGCUACAACUUUCCAUACUUCAAGGAAAUAUUAAGGGCCUGGUUAUCACUUGUGUUGGGUAGCAGGGUCUACAAAGGGUCUGAGAAUAAGUAACUUAAAAAUGUAUCCUGUUAUAUAGAGUGUUUUGAAAUGACCUGGAAUUACAGCUAUGAGUUGUAAUGUAAUUAGUAAAAUGUGUUCUGAGUUCCAAAAACCUGACUCACAGAUGAAUGCAGCUGUUCUGUAAUGAGUAGAGCCAACAGUGCUGUCUACAAUUUAUAGUGGUUAUGUCCUUUCUACAAAGUAAUAUGGAUUUACUUCUUGAUAUCUCAUUUCAAUCUGAUUUUUAUUCAACAUUUGCAGAUCAUCAAUUUGCAAAUAUUAUAAGAGGAAUUUAUUACUUUUUAAAAUUCAGUUUUUCUUAAAUUGUUCUCCUAGAGUUAUGUCUUUAACUUGCCAAGUUAUACAUUUUCUUCACAUUCCGUCACGCAAUUUGUGUGUGUGAAUGUACAUGUGUGUACAUGUGUAUAUGUGUUUGUAUACAAGCAUUUGUUCAUAUACAUAUUCAUAUAUAUUCUACUAUUCCAAAUAAAACCACUUGUUCUGAUAUGUGUGUGUGUGUGUGUGUAUAUAUACACACACACACAUAUAUAUAUAUAAUCCAUGCAGACUUCUAAUCUUGAUAGCAUCUUUUUUUACCUCAUCAGCUCUUUAUGAUCUUUGAAAUUUAUUUUAAAAUACACAUCAUCAAUUUUUCCAUUAUUCUACGGUUUCUCUUCCCCUUCUUGAUCUCCAUGCUUGUACAGAAGACCAUGCUUUCUCUUCCUAGAUGCCAAUCAUUCUCUUUAUGU